UAUCCAUCUCAAAUGACAAGAUAUUGAUAACCUUUUGACCCUUGUAAAUAUUGAAAUAAAUGAAGUCUUCGAUUUUGCGAAAUAUGCCACAAAUAACCACUGAUUUUCACUCCAGUCGUACUCUAACAAUCAUUUGCUCAUUAGUUACAUUCAGUGAACAAGGUUUAACUUCUACCAAAAUGUACAAAAAAUUUGUAUUUUCUAUUGUUCCGUUGAUUCUUGCUUUGGUAGCGGCCAGCGAGACCAGGAAAGCUGUCCGGAUGGGAUCUUAUGGUCGCCAAGGGCAUUAUUUAUUUUUAUUAUUUAUGGUUGCAAUCAAGUCAAAUAAAAUAUAUUUCUGCAGGGUACAAAUGCGUCUCCGAAUGUGAAAUGAGGGACGGGACAGAUUAUUUCUGGUGUGAUGCUCAUCAUCCAACAAACCAUUUCAAAGGAGAUUAUUACUGGGACUAUUGUUCCAAGGAUGAUGAUUUUGACUAUAAAGGAGCGCCAUGUUAUAUCGAGCAUGCCUGUGGUCAUCAUGGAUGGAAAUACAAAUGGUGUUAUACGAGUGAAGACAAAUCUUCUUGGGGAUAUUGUGGAUAUAAAGUACUAAAUUAAUUCUCAACUUGGUGUUUAAGCUAAAUAAAGUUCAACAUGAUUUACUAUUUUACAACUUGAGUUAUUACAACGGAAAUACAUUGUAUGCACUGGAAAAUUCUGAAGUUCAGAAUCUGAACCCGUGCAUAGCAAUUGAUAUAUACUUCAUACCACACAUGUCUUUGUUUAACCUUGAAUUAAUCCUUGUCAGAUAAUCUCAAGAACUUUUUUCAUCUGUUCAAUUUUCAGUUAAGAAUAGUCCGGGUUUGCAUGUUUUGUUUAGUGUGUGUACAAAGCAUAGCUUAAAAUGGUAGAAAUUAAAAUUAAUUUUACAAGUCGAUUUUUCUGGUUUUAUUGUGCCAUUAAUUUUGCCAUUGCCAGUGAAAACGGUUCACCACCUCCAAUUGUGAAAAUUUCAGAUGGGAAACUUUCAGGGAAAGUCUUGACGUCAAGAAGUGGAAAUGAAUAUUAUGCAUUUCUGGGAGUACCAUUUGGGAAAGCGAAAAGAUUCGAGGUUGCAACAAAUCCUGAACCUUGGGUCGAUAUUUAUAAUGCCACCGAAUUUGGAGCAGAAUGUAUGCAAUUCGACUUGAUAGGAAAAACCGUUGUAGGAGACGAAGACUGUUUGUUUCUUAAUGUCUACACCACACAUCCUCAAUUCGAAGAAAAGAGCUCCAAAACAAGUGAGACGUUUCACCCCGUGAUGGUGUGGUUACACGGGGGUGGUUUUAGUUUUGGGUCUUCAAAUAUUUACUCUGCAAAUUAUUUCAUGGACGAACCGGUCGUAUUGGUCACUCUUAAUUAUCGACUAGGCGCUUUCGGGUUCCUGGAUACACAGGAUGGAGUUGUUCCAGGAAAUUUAGGGCUUCGAGAUCAGCGCCUAGCUUUGGAAUGGGUCCAUAAAAAUAUUGCUAUGUUCGGAGGCGAUUCUUCUCGUGUGACGUUUUUCGGAUCUAGUGCGGGUGCUGCAUCGGUGGCUCUUCAUAUGCUUACCGAAACCUCAGCCCUGUUUCAUCGUGGAAUUUCGGAGAGCAGUACAGCUUUAUCGUCGUGGCUAAUUCAGAGAAACCCAAGGAAAAAUGCUCAAAACCUUGCAAGGUUUUUAAAUUGCUCAACACAACCUUCACAUGAACUUGUUAGCUGUCUAAAGUCUAAAUCAGGUUCAGAUAUUGUCGAUGCCAUGUCACUGUUUAAGUUGGGAAGUACAGUUUCGGAUGCAAAUUUUCUCUUUACACCUUCUAUUGAAAAUUCGCCGGAUUCCGAACAGCCGUACUUAAAAAAAUGUCCAGAGGAACUUAUUGCAAAUGCAAAGUUUUUACAUUCAAUUCCGUGGAUGGUGGGAUGUAAUAAAAACGACGGAAUUCUCAAUGUUGGCUCCAUUUUAGAGACAAGGUCCUCCACCAUAAAUGAAAUUAUUGCAAAUUGGACCGAAAUUUCUCCUUGGCUAUUUGUCUACAAUUAUGAUAUCGAUGGAGGAAAGGACGCAAUGGACGAAAUUUCUUUCAAAAUUAAGGGAAGAUUACUCUCCUCUGAUGGACAAAUUGAUGAAGAUCAUUUUUUAACAAGUUUACCAAUAUUGGUGGGAGACAGGUGGGAAGUAUCAGGGACAGUGAAAUCUAUUCAAAAGCUGCGAGGAAAGAUUCCAAUGUUUCCAUUCAUUUUUUCCUACUUUGGAAAUUUCUCAUAUACCAACAAAUUUUUCGGUUUAAAACGCCGUCAUGGUGUUGGACAUUUGGACGAACUGCAAUAUCUAUUUGAUGGAGUAUAUGGAGCACCUUCAUACAAUGACGAAAAUAAGAAUGAGGAAACAAAGUUUUCUCAGGAACUUGUGAAAUUAUGGGUUGAGUUUGCUACGACCGGCAGAAUACCAUCUACAAACAGUUUCAGAGGCUGGAACCAUGUUGCAUCUGAGCCAGACAAAGCGAUGCCAUUAUCAUUUUAUGACAUUGCCGACCAUAGCGGAAUACCAAAAUAUAUUCACGUAGAUGCAGAUUUUAAUGAAAGGAUGCAAUUUUGGGAGAAAAUACUUCCUCCAACUUGUAAAACACCAUUAUGGAACUCAAACUCCAAUAAGCAUCUCGAACUUUAAGUUUGGCACUUGAUACAUAAUUGAUGAGAUGAGUAAUACAAUUAUAAUCACUUGAUUCGAGUUGUAUUGGUUUGUUGUCGAGUAUUCUAUUAAAUGCAAAGGGAAAAGCAAAUAUAUGAAGAGAUUAAAUAAGUAAA